CGUCAACUGUCAUAUGACGAUUUCGUCACUGUCAUUGCAGAUUUUGUUUUGACGAAGAUUUUGUUUAUCUAGUUGUUUACCAUGGCUUUUUGUACAAUUACAUCUAAGGCUUGUCUUAUACUCGUCAGUCUAGUAUUCUGGGCAGCAGCAGCAGGACUCUUCUUCAUUGGAGGAUGGGUAUACAAUACUUACCACCAUUACAAUGAAUUGACAACAGCCAAUCUGACAUUGAUCCCAGCAUCAAUCAUACUAGCAGCUGGAGUUUUUAUGUUCAUUCUUGGUAUCGUUGGAUGCAUUGCAGCAUGCAAAGAAAAUAAAAUUUUACUGGCUGUGUUGUUUACUGUCUUGUUGAUUAUUCUGUGUGCUGAAGUAACUGCUGCUGGUCUUGCCUAUGGCUUUAGAGAGGAUGUUAGAAAAGCUGUCAAUGAUGGAUUAGAUGAUGCCCUUAUGAAAUAUAACGGUACCAUGAAAGAUCAGAUGGACUACGUACAGAAAGAGCUGAAAUGUUGUGGAGUGAAGAAUGCAACAGACUGGAGUAGUUCUAAAGGUUGGAACAAUACAAAAACUGUCCCAGAAAGUUGUUGCAUGAUGAAGAACUGCACAGCAGCUGAUCGAUCACCUUUCAGCAAGAAAAUCUAUCAGCAGGGAUGUUAUGACGAAUUGAACAGCAUCUUCGCUAAGAACCUUGGAUACAUAUCAGGAGUGUCAGUAUCCUUUGCAGUGCUUCAGAUCCUUGGCAUGAUUUGCAGCUGCAUCCUGUUCUGCAGAUCAAAGGAAGUACGGUAUGAAGUACUAGGAGGACCAAACUCAGGUCUGAGAGUGUGAAAAUCUCUACAGUAAUACUUCACCAUUGCAACUGUGCAUGUGCACAACAUAUCAGUUGUGUGUAUUAGAGGAUACAUAGACUCAUCAUACUUUACUGAAGUCAGGUGCACAUUGAAACAAUUAUUAUAGAAAUAUUUAUUCAUGACUAUUUUCUAUUGACGUGCAUUUCAUUGUUUUUUUACACUCAUUGUGUUACUGUGAUAAUUUUGAUAACUCUUGUUAUUAAGGAAUGUGUCCAAAAACAUUUAAAUAUGCAGAUUGGUUUGUUUCUAUGGAAGUGCAGUGCUUAGGAUAGUUUAGUAAAGUGUAUUACGAAAGCAAGCAGAAAGAGAUUUUAGAUGGUAAAAGGUUUUUAGAACUGAUGCAGUAUAUGAAAAAUGUGACAAAAAACUGUUAAUAAUAUACUAGAACAGUAUUGGCAUAAGAUUUCUGUUUUUUUCUUAUUGAGUAAAUAUUUUUAUUUUUACAAUUUUCUAUGUGUCUUCAUCUGAAAUUGACAAAUAAUUUUGAAAAGUUGUAAAAAAUAGUUGACCACUUGUUGAGAUUUUUCAAAACAUGUAUACAUAUAUAUAUAUGUAUAAGUUAGCACAUAAUAUAAUAUGCAUAAUAUAUAAGACAAGGAUCUAGUUAUAUGACAGUAAGCCUAACUAUCUACAGGUGGGAUAUGCUGAUAUUUUGAAUUUUUGUCAAUUGUUAUAUUUUUGGAACUAGAUAAUAUUGUACUGUCAUAUUUUUUGGUUUGGAAUGUAGAUAUAAGUUUACACUUGUGGUAAAAAUUAUAGAAGAAUCUCAACGAAAUGUUAUGUAUGCAUAUCAUUGGUUUUAUUGAUCUGUGAAAGUAGCUAAGAAAGAUUUAAAAGGAUUUUUUUUUUUUUUAAUUUUUGUUAUUUAUUCUAAGAUCUGACAGAUUCGAUACAGAUUCCAAAUGAAUUUUCUCAAAAAUUCUUGAAUGGUUAACAUGAGUUGCAUUAUAUUUUUCAAAUGUAACACAGUCUCCCACCAAACCAUGAAUUAUACCUUUUUUUUUAUAGAUGAUUUCCUUAAUACUGAAAUAUUUAUAAAAUUUAUUGAAAGUGCUAUGUUACUUUUUUGUUAAAAUUGUUGAUACCUGAAUGUAAAUAGUAUAAAAAAAGUUAUGGUUGUUAAUUAGCAAAUUAUUAAAUAGCAGCUAUAUUUGUUUGUUUGUAAACUUUGCAUAUUGUUUUCUGCUUGUAUUAUAUGCAUCAUAGCUAAAAAAGUGUUAUAAAUCAUUCAUAUUAGAAAUUAUAGUUUAAUUUUAUAAAAGGAUGUUCACUUCUCUAUUUAAAAAAAAUAAGCUUAUUUAAAGACAUUUUGAAAUUGAUAGUGUAAAUAAAGGAACUAAAAAAGGAGAAAAAUACAGGGUCUGUGUCCUUGUUUUCAGAUAUAAUACAUUAAAAUUUUUUGCUGAAAUGAUUCUCUCCAUUUUUCCAAUCUUUAAUAUUUAUACUUUUUUCAUUUAAAAAGAAAAAGUAAGAAAUGACUGUAAUAUUUUUUCUAUCUAUGAAGAAAUAAUAAAAAAAAUGUGGUGCACAAUGAAUAACACGCAUAGAGAGUUAUUUAACAGUGUGCACCACAUUUUAUGUUAUUUUGAAUAGACUGAAAAAUAUUGCAGUUAUUUCUUAUAAUUUAAUUCUAAAUUCCAAUGAAACCGGCGUAAAUCAUGAAAAAAACGUUGAUGACAUCAUGGUCACAUUACAAAAUUGUCUAUGAUAUGAUAAACAAAACAACAUCAGCCAAUCAGAAGACACAUUACAUUUUACAUCCGAAAUUAAAAUUAUUCACAUAUAAAUGACAAGGAUUUUAUAAGAUUUUCAAAUAAGGCUUGUUAAACUAUUUGUAAUAAAAUAAUGAAAAGAAAAGUAAGGGUUAGCGGGCCGAAUUUUUAAUGGCACUAUAUUGAUAAUACCAGAGGAUUCCAAAAGUUCCCAAACAAGAGGAGCCAACAUCCCUAAACAAUAAUAAGGUCAACAAGGUCAAGUAGAUCAGAAAAUUGGGAGAAAAUGUACAGUUAUGUAUAAUUUUCAGUACAAAUUUAAUCACUGUUAUACAAUUUUUUAUGUGAUAUUGAAAGGUUGCUAUUUGUUUUCUGUGAAGAGAGGACACUGUUCCAUCAGAUUAAAGUGACUGUCCUGAUAAUUGACAGCUUAUUAUUAGCCAUUAAACUAUGCAUAUCCAACUUAGCUGUCAGUAUGCAUUCUUUGAAGAGUUUUAUCUCAGUGGCUGAUCUUUGGAAAAUUAAAUUAGAAUUUGUCAUCACAAGGUAUAUAUAGCUUGACAUGUAGUAUAGCCAUGUUUGAAGGGUCUAUUGAUGAAAACCAUAUGCUGACCUGUAGAUGUUUUUUUUUAAAUGUUGUUUGGUUCCUGUAUUGAUGUAUACCUUAUAUGUCUUACUUUAAUUUACUUUUGACCUUUAAAAGAAAUACUUGAUAUAUACCAUGAGUUAUUUUGUAAAGGUUUCAAUGUCUCAAUGACAUUUAUAAACUAUGUAAAUAUAAAUAAAGAGAUGUGGAAUAUUCAUCAAUGGGACAGCAAUUAAACAACAUUGAGAGGUCAACAUCCAGUAUUCAAUAAUAAACAUGUUAUUAUAAGACGUAGAUAAUUUGCAGUGGUAUAAUUCUGUAAAACAGUUAAUUGUUAAGAUUGAAAGAUCAGAAAAUUUAAACAGAGUAAUUCCCCUUUUAAUGUUUUUUCAUGUAUUGACAAAAUGCCCCAUGUAAUAUUAGAAAUUUACUAGAAACAUUUUUUCUCAGUAUAUUUUAUAUUUAUUCAAAUAUUGCUUAUUGUAGAAUGUAUUUAAUGUACUUGAAUCUGCAGAUAUUUUUAUUUAUACCGGUAUAUGUCACUUCACUUUUACUUUGUUUUUGAUAACCAUUUGUAUGGCUUUUUAAGUGUUUGUAUUAAAAAAAAUGUUGUGAUAAA